GGCUUUGAAGUUACAAAAAAGUUAUGCAGUUGAUUUUUAACUGCUGCACGUCAAGUCUUGAAUACAAAAGCAUGUCACAACUUGUAAAAACUUUGUUCCCCCGUAAUUCAGAAACUAAUGGACCAGGGUGGAUUCUGGAACGAUUUUUGACGCGUGUAUGUUACCUCAUUGUAUAUCUCUGUUCAAUUAUUGGGCUUGUUUUCAGAUCAGAAAGUUCACAGGAGGAGGACAGAGAGGGCUACCCAUCUUUACGAGCCGAUAUCUUUUUGACAUAUGGGAUCCGACGUGUGCGGGAUUUGUCGCACACUCCGGUAAAAACGCUUCCCGGCGAGUUCCUCACGAUAGAAGAUCGCAAGCUCAGAGAGGACGGCGGGUGGGCGUUGGAUUACACCGGAAAACAGAUCACGUGUGUGGACAUGGGUUCAUUUAAUUACCUCGGAUUUGCCUCGAAUGAUGGAAAAAUUAUGGACGACGUGAUGAACUCCAUGAAUACCUUCGGCUUGACAGCGUGCAGUGCAUGCAAUGAAUUUGGAGAAUUUCCCGUUCACAUCGAAUUGGAGAAAUUGGUAGCUAAAUUUUUGCGAGUUGAAGACGCCAUCGUGUGCGGGUCAGGAUUCGCUACGAAUGUUCUAAACAUUCCGGCAAUUAUGGAUGAGAACACGUUGGUUUUUAGCGACGCUAAAAACCACUCGUCCGUGAUUAUGGGGUUUAGAUUGUCAAAAGUAUCGGUUCGAGUAUUCCGGCAUAAUGAUUUAUGUCACUUGGAAAAACUUCUCUUCAAACUUUUUCAAUCCGGAGAGGUUCAUAAAUUUGAGAAAAUAAUCGUUAUCGUUGAAGGCGUGUACUCGAUGGACGGUUCCAUCUUGCAACUUCCGGAACUCAUCAGGCUAAAGGAAAUUUAUAAGUUUUACAUUUACCUCGAAGAAGCUCACAGUUUCGGCGCCAUGGGUCCGAACGGAGGUGGGAUCGUGGACUAUUUCAACUGCGACCCAAACUCUGUGGACAUUUACAUGGGCACAUUUUCCAAAAGUUUAUGGGCGGCGGGCGGAUAUAUUGCGGGUUCCCGCCAACUGGUUCAGCAUUUACGGGAAAAUGGGUACUCUCACGCCCACGCGACUGCGAUGCCGCCACCGAUUGCGCAGCAAAUAAUCAGCUCCAUCCAAUCCCUAAUGGCAGACGGUGGCACCGCUCAGGUGGCGCGACUCAAGAGCAAUUCCACCUAUUUCAAGGAAAAACUGAUAAAGAGGGGAUUCUUCAUCUACGGCGACCUGGAUUCUCCCAUUGCGCCGGUGGCCUGUCCACACCCGGCGAAACAAGCAUUUAUUCUGAGGGAAUUGAGAAACAGGGGGGUAAUUGCGGCGGGGGUGGGACACCCCGCCGUGGGAACUUUGGAGGCCCGAAUGAGAUUCUGCAUGAGUGCGGCUCACUCUAAGGAGUCCUUGGAUUAUGUGGUAGAACAGUUGACUCAAGUGGCCGACCUCGUUUUCCUCAGGGACUUCCGAAUUGCGAAGAAAUAUGAAGAGAUUAUCUUCGCUAAGAAACUUCUAUAAAAUGUCGACUAAAAAAGCCUUAAAGCAAACACAAGAGUUUAUAAUCAGUCAUAUUGUACAUAGUUUUUAAUAUGCGAUUAAGUGUGUAACUACAUUUCGUCGGACUAACUCUAAAACCACUAUGCAGAAAGUUCUUAAACUGAGGCAAAUAGAGAAAUUAUUGUGCGUAUGUAUUGUACAUAAAUACAUAUUUAUGUACAUACGUAACUCACGAUGAGAAACAUGAUGAGCAUAACAGACAGACUGACGGACAAGAGGAAUUCAAUAACCCCCGUGCUACGCAGGGUGAGCUAAUAAUGUAGACCUACAUAAAUCUCUGCGAAUACCACUUAUACUACAAUGAAUAAAUACAUGUAGUUUGCACAUAUUUAUAUGUA